AUGAAGCUAAUGAAAGAUUUAAAGCUCUCGCAUGUCUACAUGCAUGUAAGCUUUGCUCAAGAUUAUGGACUUCUGGCCAUCAUAAGUAUCUGCACCACAAUCUACGGCAUCAUCCCAGCUAUCAUAUCGAUCUUGAUGGGUUUGGUAUUCGAUUUGCUCCGAAAACCGGAUCCUCAACACCACAAUACUGUCAAUGACCUAAUGCACCAGCUUACUUUGAGGAGUAUGGCAAUCAUGAUAACAGGCGUCGCCAGCGCUCCUAUUUGCUGGCUUUCUAUCACGGCGUGGAUGUCUUUGGGCGAAAGACAAGGUUUUAGAGUCAGGCGCAGAUUACUUCAUUCGUAUUUGAGAAAGAGUAUGGCGUGGUAUGAUGCAAACGAACAGCUUUCCGGCGAGUUCACGCAACUCAAUAGGUGCGCCGAAGAGUUACGAUCCAGCUCCGCUGAAGCUUCAGCCAUAAUUUUUCAAAAUGUAGUAACCGUGAUCGCCUUAUUGGGAACCGCCUUCUACUACUCCUGGUCAUUAACUCUGGUUAUAAUAGCGAAUUCACCACUCGUUAUCGCAUUUGCAAUAUUAUGCUCGCGAAAAGUUGAAAAGCAUAGCAAACUUGAAAACUCAGAAACUGCAAAUGCUGCAAACAUACUGGCAUGGUCACUGAACGCUGCCAAAAUGAUACGCUUGUUGGGGACCCAAAAACUUGAGACUCUCAAAUUUCAAGCCAGCGUGGCAAAAUGUCGUCAACAUUUCAACAACACUGCCUUAUACUCCUCCUUAAACUACUCUGUUUUGCGCUUUUUGACACUUUGUAUGUUUGUUCAAGGGUUUUGGUAUGGUAAUGUCCAAAUCAGAGCAGGACGUCUCAAACCUGGAGAUGUCAUAACUUGUUUUUCGGCUUGUAUCCUACUGGCGAGCACACUGAAUACCACACUGCAUCAAAUAAUAACGGUUCAAAAAGGUGCUGUUGCCCUUCGAAAAGUGCUAGUUUUUAUUGAAGCUCCCGGAAGCUAUACUAAAGAGCAGUUGACAAUGAGUCAACCCCACACUUCGGUACCAUGGUAUGGCAGUUCCGUUAGUCUAGAAAACGUCUCCUUUUCUUAUCCAACAAGGAGGAGUGAUCAAGCUUUGAAAAAUGUCACUAUGGAGUUUACUGCCAAUCAAUUGAACUUCAUAGUUGGAAAGUCAGGAUCGGGAAAGUCAACAAUUGGAAGUCUUCUUCUCAAGCUCUACGAUCAAGACAGUGGUGCUAUCAAAAUAGGUGGUGUCAAUACGAUGCAAAUUGAGCAACACCAACUACUGAGAAAUAUCACUUUGGUUGAACAGACUACCUCUCUCUUCAACGACACGCUAAAGCACAACAUUCAAUUAGGGUCUUUCGUUUCUAAAGAUGAUGACUACCUAUUAAAAGAGGCGUGCCAGAUGUCGAUGCUGGAAGGCGUGGUGAGAGAUCUUGCAAAAGGCUUAGAUACUCUUAUCGGCAACUCAGGUACCGACCUUAGUGGCGGUGAGCGACAGCGCGUUGCUAUCGCCAGAGCUAGGUUUAGAGAUGCCCCGAUUUUAAUUUUAGAUGAAUCUCUGAGUGCACAGGAUCGUGUGCAUAAAAGCCUCCUCAUGGAGGCCAUAAGGUGCUGGAGAAAGGGUAAAACAACGAUUAUUUUGACUCACGAGCUGAGUGACAUCUCAAAAAACGAUUACGUCUUUCUGAUGGACGAUGGAGAAGUCAAAGAGAGGGGUUUGAAACACGAACUUCUCCAAUGUCCAUCGUCAACAUUUGCCAAACUCAGCAGGUUCCAGGAUUGCGAAGAGGAUAGUGACGAUGCUCAAACUCUCGGUGACCGUGAUCUUUCCGAUCUGAAUUCAAAGUCCAAGGAGGUUUGUGUUGAUGUCGAGGAGCUAUAUUCAGAGAUUGGUUCGCCGUUGACCCAGAAAUCCUGUACGGUCUUUGAGCCCGAACAACUAGAGGAACCUACCAAUUUCUUUAGAGAUUCUGUGGAUCUUUUACAAUCUAAUAUGAUGACCUCGCCUCGCAAGAAAAAAGUACAGGCCGAUGCUAGGAUCGAUCUGGCAUGUAUUGAUUUCGGCCAUCAAAGACAAGUUCCCGCAGACCUUGAGAAACAGAAACGUGAGUUGCCGCUCAUGGGCAUCAAGGUCAUAAUGCAUAAAAUGUUUUCGACCCUUAGGGACAGAAAAGCUCUAUUCAUUGGGGUGGUUGGUGCGCUUUUAGCGGGUGUCGCAAAUCCGGUCUUCUCCUAUACAUUCUCUAGGCUAUUAGGAGGAAUUGCGUCGUCGGCUCCAAGGCAUAGGGCCAAUGCAUUUGCGACAAAAUGGUCCUUAAUAGUGCUGCUGGUAGCCUUUUUGGAUUCUGGAUUCAACUUUUUGAAGUCCUACUUACUUUCAAGAAGCAGCGAAACAUGGAUUAGAGAUUUAAGAUUUUUGGCUCUACAGAGUAUAGAGCAGAAAGAAAUAUGGUGGUUCAACAGAAAACUGAACAGUACGUCCAAGGUUUCUUCGUUAAUAUUGAACGACUUAAGAGACCUGAGAGCCCUCGCUUCAGAGUUCCUUGCCGCAUUGACGACAUUGUUGGUGGUAUCUGCUUGUGGCUUGAUAUGGGCACUUGUAUCAGGGUGGAAGCUGAGUCUAGUUUGCAUUUCUCUGGUUCCGAUAUUUGUUCUUUUUUCCGGCUUUUAUGGAGGGAUGUUGCAGAAGCGUGAAGCCGACUACAAAUCUAGCAUUGCCGCUUUAGAAGAUCAUUUCUACAAUGCCGUCAAAAAUAUCAAAACUGUGCAGUGCUUUCAAUUCGAGGAAGCUAUAAUUGAUGUUUUUACCACAUUGGAGCUGUCUUCAAGAAAUUUUGGACGCAAGCGGGCACUUGGAACAGGCUUUGGAGUUGCCGUUUCCAACGCUCUCACUUUCGCCACGCAAGCUAUUUUGUUGUACUUUGGUAUGAAACUCGUAAUCACAGGUGAAUAUACUUCUGGCAAAAUGUUGGAGACACUAACACUUUUACUGUUCACUAUAAUGACUUGUAUGUCAUUAAUUUCACAGGUUCCGGAGUUGAGUAGAGGCCAGAGAGCUGCAACGUACCUCUUCGAGAUUCUAAAAUCAGACGAUACUACUGGGGUUGCUUGCGCUGGUAAGACUAAAAUCAAUCAACCGGUGGAUAGUGAGCAUCCCUUGAUCAAGAUAGAGCAUCUAUACUUUUCCUACCCGGAUACCUCGAGUGCAGUGGUAUAUCGAGAUGUAAGCUUGAAAAUCAGCGAAGGGGAAAAGGUUGCAUUGGUCGGACGAUCUGGCUCAGGAAAGUCCACGCUAUGGCAACUAGUAGCACGUCUGUACCCAGUUUCAAACGAGAGCAUCUGGGUCGAUGGAGUCGAUGUGAAUCUCUGGGAUGCCAAUGUUUUGAGAUCUCAUAUCGCGGUGGUUGAACAGCAGCCACAAAUUUUCCCGGGCUCGUUGGCUCAGAACUUGACUUACGGGCUUCAACGCGAUAUCUGCGAACGCGAAAUUCAAGACCUGUUAGAUCUAGUGGGCUUGAGAGAGUUCGUUCUCUCUUUGCCGGGUCAUUUGCACGCAGAAAUCGAUACACAACUACUUUCGGGCGGGCAAGUUCAACGAUUGGCAAUCGUGAGGGCGCUUUUACGGAAGCCAAAAAUCUUAAUUUUUGACGAGUGCACCUCUGCAUUGGAUGCACAGCAUAGCUUCAUUAUGUCAGACCUUGUUAAACGUGGCCUGAGUGGCAUAACGACACUUGUUAUCACUCAUAGCGAGCAAAUGAUGCGGGCCUGCGAUCGAAUUGUGACUUUCUCUAGGGGCGCAAUUGUGGAGGAUGGUACCUUCGAGCAUUUGCAGCUUCGAAAAGGAGAAUUGUUCCAGAUCCUCUCAUCGAAUAAGUAA